AUGCCUCUUUUCAUUCUCGCAGAGACGAGCGCCGGCUACGGCAUCUUCAAGGCAACAGACAAGAAGCUUCUCGAUUCGGAGGACCUCAUCAAUCGCCUCUCGACGCCGGAGAAAAUUGCAAAUGAAAUCAAGUACAAGGAGUUCGCCAAGUUCGAUAGCGCUGCGAGCGCGCUGGAGGAGAUCGCGGGAGUAAUUGAAGGGAAGGUUACCCCGAAGCUCGCCAGCCUGCUCAACGAGUUCAAAGACGAGAAGAAAAUUUCACUGGCGGUGGCCGAAAAGCAACUCGGCAAUGCCAUUGUCAAGCUCCCCGACCUGAACAUCAAGACGAUCUCGGAUUCCUCCACCAAUGACCUGUUCAGGGCCAUUCGAGAAAACCUCACCAAUUUGAUCCCGGGCAUGCUUCCCGCCAACUUCAAGGAGAUGUCGCUUGGCCUGUCUCACUCCCUGUCACGCCACAAGCUCAAGUUCUCUCCCGACAAGGUGGAUGUCAUGAUUGUCCAUGCUAUCGCCCUGCUUGACGAUCUCGAUAAGGAGCUGAACACCUAUGCGAUGCGCGUACGAGAGUGGUAUGGCUGGCAUUUCCCCGAGCUUGCCAAAAUCCUUACGGGUAAUCUCGUGUAUGCCAAGGUUAUCCUUGCCAUGGGCAUGCGUUCAAACGCAGUAAAGGCCGACCUUACGUUCCUCGAGGAGCCCGUCGAGGCCGCAGUGAAGGCGGCAGCCGACAUCAGCAUGGGAACCGAGAUCACCGAAGAAGACCUGGAGAAUAUUAAACUCCUCGCCGAGCAAGUUGUUCGGUACGGGGAUUAUCGGGACGAUCUGGCAAGAUAUUUGGAGAGCCGGAUGAAGGCCAUCGCACCGAACAUGACGGAGCUUGUCGGCCACUUGGUUGGUGCGAGAUUGAUUGCACAUGCUGGAUCGCUCAUGAACCUUGCGAAGAACCCCGGUAGUACCAUCCAGAUCCUCGGUGCCGAGAAGGCUCUUUUCCGGGCUCUCAAGACGAAGCACGCCACCCCCAAAUAUGGCCUGCUCUACCAUGCUUCUCUUGUCGGCCAGGCUUCCGGGAAGAACAAGGGAAAGAUCGCUCGGCAGUUGGCAUCAAAGGUUGCUCUCGGGGUCCGCACCGAUGCCCUUCACGAACCGGAAGAUGAUGAAGAUUAUCAACCCGGAGCGUUGGGAGCAUUGGCGUUCGCCAAAAUUCAGAGAAACCUUGCCCACCUGGAAGGCAAACCGAUCAAGUCGGGGAUUUCCAUUGCCCCGCCUCAGGCCUCCCAAUUCGACCUCAAGGAAGUCCGCAAAUACAACAUUGACGCCGAUGGCCAAGUCGUUGGCGAGCCAAUGAGCACUGACCAGGAGGAACGACCAAGCAAGGAGAAGAAAGAUAAGAAGGACAAGAAGAAGAAGGCCCUUAUCGAGGAGGUUUCCGAUGUUGAGAUGGCCAGUUCAGAUGAGGAGGAGGAAGAUGACGAAGAGAUGGAGGAAACACCUGCCCAAAAUGGCACAUCUGCCCCACGCUCGCCCAGUCUUGCGUCUGUUUCCGAAGAUAGCGACGAGGAAGCAGCGGCCGAGAAGGCGAAGAAGGCCAAGAAGCGCGGCGAGGCGACACCCGACAAGGCAGCACGACGUGCAGAGCGGAAGGCGCAAGAGAAGCGUCAAGCCGAGCGCGAGGAACGUCGCCAUGCGAAGAAGGAUCAGGAGAAGCGCCGAAGCAACAAGUCCGCGAAGGCCUCCACUGCGACUCCGGGCAAGUUGACUGAUGCGGACAUGGAGCGUCUUGCCAAGGUCGCUGGCAUGUCAACUUCCAAGUUCACCCGCAAGUAUGAGCGUGGCCAGAUCAAGGUCAACUCGGACGGAACCCUGGACGUCAAGAGCAAAAAGGAGCUCAAGGCUGACGAGGCCGGUUCCAAGAGCUCCAAGCGCAAGCUUGAGUCUGAAGACGAGGGCGAGGACGUACGUGCCAAGGAGGAGAAGCCGAAGAAGAAGAAGAAGAAGCAUCAGCAGGAAGCAUAA